AUGUCGCUCCCCGUCGAGCUCGUGCUCGCGAUCGCGCGCGAGGUUUGGCGCGUCGAAGACGAAUCCGCGCGCGCGCGAACGGGCGUCGAGCGCGAGUUCGACGCCGGAAUCAAGCCCGAGGCGCUCGAAGACUUGGCCACGCUCGUCGAGGCCUUCAUCGUCGAGGCGACGGCUCGGGCGUGCGCUUUAGCCGAUAUCGAGGGCUCGCGAUCGAUCGAGGGUGAACACAUCGAACGCGUGUUACCGCAGCUCAUGCUCGAUUUCGCGGGGUGA